AUACAUACAAUAUGAAAACCAUUAGUUUAAAUCUCAAUUAUCAUCUCCUGAUUUCUCCCCUCUCAAUCAUCCUCAAUGCCUAAUCUCUUUCAAUCCUACUCUCAAUCUCUAAUAUCCUAAUCCUAAUAUCAAUCUCUAAUAUCCUAAUCUGUUUAAUCCCCCUCUCUCCCGAUACCAUUCCUCUCUCUUCGCUCUCCGCCCCAAAACUGACCCACCGCAAACCCACUGCACAACCCACAUUCUCUUCGCACGCGGGAAGGCAACGAAGUCGCGCGGGAAGGCAAAGCAUGCAAAAUCCUCUCUCUUCGCUCUCCGCCCCAAAACUGACCCACCGCAAACCCACCGCACAGCGCCAACCUGGUCCUCCCAUACCUGUUGAUCAUCAACAUGCAUUUUCACAUCGUAUUGGUCGCCGUCCGCCAAACAUGGACCGAGUUCCGUAUUCCGUAUCCUCGUGGUUAUGAAGGACCGCAUUCUCCAAGAUCAUGGAAUUCUCAGGCAGUUAACAGAGGAAAUCCAGGGACAACAGCUGAUACAUUUAAUUUGCCUUCAAGAAAUAGCACUCCUGGGAUAAUCCAAAUAGCUCAACCUUUGAGAUCACCAUCCCUCAUAUGUAUUUGAUCCAUGUGUAUGGGGAGAACAACAGCAACCUGAAUCAAAUUCAACAGAAAGUCGAACCUCAAGUUUCUCAAAAGGAUUCAAACUCUCCAAAUGAAAUGGAAAUAAUUGAAGGUCUGAUGCAAACACAUGAUGUCACAUUAAGUACUCUUCGUUCACGGUUGACAAAGUUACAGGUCGUGCGGCAUUUUUGGGAGCGCAGUGAUAUCAAAGGUGCUAUCAAUGCUUUGAGAAAGCUGCCAGAUCAAUCUAAGAUGCUGUAAGGUAUUGUUGGCAAUAUUAUAGAAGUAGAAUUAGAUGAGACCAGGUGAAGAAAGAGAAGGAUAACUCUAGCCUUCUAUCUUCUAACAACUCAGCUGAUUAGAUGCAAGUCUUGAAUUUAGUGACUGAAUACAAGUGAGCUCUUAUAAGUUAUAAGUAGGUACAUACAACAAUUGCAAUUGGAGAAUUGAUCAUGUAAGUGUUACAGCCUCUCGAUUAUGCAAUAUAUUAACCUGUUGUGAUGACAGUUCUUUUGGACAAUUAUUCCUAUGUAGCAUAAAUGUUUCUUGCAUAUGUACAUUCUGGUAUUCA